AGCGAGUCACUAGAAGUAUGUUUAAUGUGUAGCCUUAUUAUGAAUAAUAACAUGUUUUUUCGAACGAGGCCGAUCUAUCCCUCAAAAACGCACGCGCGCAGGAACACACACGCGUGAGCUGUGAUUUAUCGACACAAAUCAAGGUAAUCGUUUUGUUACUCGUUGUCAAAAACCUCGAGGACGAACUGACCAUACGAAGCUGAAGACAGACCUCAGAGGAAGGCGACGGUGAACUUGACGGAGUGCUGCCAUGGAAACCAGCCAGAGCUGCGGUUGUGUUGACGCUGCAGAGGCAGUCUAUCUUCACAGUUAGUUUAGUGUAGUGCAGAAAAAAACCCAAAUGUGAUAUCAACCGGCCUAAAGUGGACCUUAAAUGACCAGCACCAUGCUGGCUGGCCCACACGAGGAAAAACCCCCGUAUGGACCCCCCGGCCAGAGUCCCCCCGACAUCACCCAGCUCCGGCCCAGAUCCAAGGUCAAGAGCCGUGUCCCCAAGGUGGACGUGGUCCGCGGACCUCCCCUGACCCUACCGCCCCUGACACCACGCGGAAGAGGGCGGCGCCCGCCCGCCUUCGGGUUUGAGUCUCUGAUUGGUCAAUCAACAGUUUUGGCACGUCAUCCUCCCAGUACAGUGCUGUCAUUGGUGGAGCUGCCCGGCCUCAUAGCCCAGUAUGGACCAGGGAUUGCCAUCGGGGACUCCCUGUGGACGGAAGGCCCCCAUAUGGUGGCUACGGCGCUGGGUGCUGACAUCCCCAUCGCGGUGGUCCCGCCAGUCCACAGAUCACCAGACCCAUGUCUCCCAGAUCCUACUGAGGCCAGGGCAGCGCCGGCUGUUGCCGGGGGAGGCACCACUGGCGUGAAGGACGCAAAGGGGAGCAGAGCUCCUCUCACGGGCACACAGGUGGUGGAGGCGCUGGCUAAGAAGAGGAGGCGCCAGGGAGGAGCACUUGAGUUUUAUUACCUGAAGGAGAGCUGCCGUGAUGAAUACCGGCCCUACGACCUGGAGUCGGUGCAUCCCAGCAGGGCUGGACCCCACCACUACGUGUUCUCGUCCAGCGCCGUGCUCCAGGUGACCCAGAGGGGCCCCGAGGCCCUGGUCUCCCUGGAGGACUGGCACCGGGAGGCCCAGCUGUGGGGGGCCCUCAGAACCAUCCCCUUCUUCAGGGACUAUGUGCUGCGCCAAGCCUUCAACUGGUGGCGAGAAAAUGUCAGUCGCAUGGUUUUCCAGCGUAAAUGUGACACUCUGCAGGACCUGCUGCUCAUCGCCGCGCCUCAGUUCAGACACGCUCUAGUCCUCCUCGCUGGUGUGAACGAGGAGCUGGCUGAGCUCCGCUGGCUGCCGUGCUCGAGCACGAGGAGCUACACGUUGCAGGAGUACCAAGAUGCGCUGGCCCUCAACAACAAUCAGAGCGUGAGGACGCUGGAGACGCUGCAGCAGAGACGCUCCACCAUCAUUGCGGCGCUGCAUCAGGAGUGCUACCAGGCCAUCCAGGAUCUACAGCUGCGUGUCCAUGGUACCGGCAACGAGCCCACGGCACGCCACCAACCCCGGCACCUGCACCUCGCUCAGCGCCGAGGCCUGGAGGCGGAGCUUGAGCGAGCGGGGCGCACGUCUCAGACGCUUGGUCGCGUGGUGUCCCUGGCCAAUCAGAUGACGGUACAGGGACUGUGCUCGCUCAUACAGCGAGAGGUCACCUCAUUCCUCAGAAGUGUCAUCAAGUGGGGGGAGGCCAAACAGGGCUGUCUUUUCCGAGCCCGGCUGGUGUUCGGCCCACAGGGGAUGCUGGUCGUGGAACCCGCCCUGCCCCUCUUCCAGGACGUGGUGCAAAAGGCCCUACUGGGACUCUCCAAUACAAUCCUCAAGGUGUGUGAUAGCUGUGGUCUCUUCCUGGAGAUCACAGACUCUACUCCUUCUGAGAAACAGGACCUCCGCCUGGCUCCUGGAGUUUUCAAGAGCCAGUAUGAAGACAUAAAUCAUGAGGAGAGAUCCAGAGAGAACACACCAAGAGAGGAGAGAUCAAGAGAGGGGAGAUCAAGAGAGGGGAGAUCAAGAGAGGGGAGAUCAAGAGAGGGGAGACCCAGAGAGGGGAGAUCCAGAGAGGGGAGAUCCAGAGAGGGGAGAUCCAGAGAGGGGAGAUCCAGAGAGGGGAGAUCCAGAGAGGGGAGAUCCAGAGAGGGGACACCAAGAGAGGGGCGAACCUUUGACUGGACAUCCAGAGAGGGGCUAGCUUCCAGUGUGUUCUUCCCCUGGCAGAGCCCUUUAGCAGUGCAUGGUCGCAGGCUGAGAGGCUGCUGCCUUCCCCUGUCAAGAAGAUGUGUGGAGUUGCAGCUGGGUACCAGUGAAGUCUCAAAGGAGGAGCAAAGUCAAUGUACCGGGAUCAUGCAGGAAGCCCAGGCAGAGGUUCAGCGGCUCUGCGGCGAGUAUGCUUGGCUGACGGACAUGCGUUCCUUCACCCACCAAUGGGGAUCGAGCUCCUCUCUGGAGGCCUUGAAGGGCGGGGCCGUCUCGGCCUACGAGGAGCUGGUGGGAGAGAUGCGCCGCUGGAGUGACCGGGUCCGUUGCGCGCCUCGGUCCUUCCCCACCGCCCACCGGCUGUUUGAUGUCGACGCCAGCGUCAUCCUCGAGGAGCAGGGGAUGCAGCUGGGUGUGAUGGAGGAAGAGGUUCUCUCCCAGCUGGUGGAGGAACUGAGGUUGAACUCUGAGCAGCUGGUGUCCCGGCUCAGGAGCACCAUCUCUGGACUCAUGGAGGACCCUCGUGACCUGCGCUGCCUCACACUAUAUGCAACCAAGGUGAAGCGUGAGAACACCUCUCCUGUCAUGCUGCGACGGGUAGAGUACCUUCAGUCACUUCGGGGCACCAUUACCACCAACUUCAGGAAGAUGAGUGAGCAGGAGGUGGCACUGGAGGAACAGAUUCUGAGCUUGUGGAAGAGCUACAUUGAACUGGUGAAGGCAGCGGAGCAGAAGGUCGACCUGAACAUGCCCUCCAUGUGUGAAGCUCUGGAGCGAUCCUUCACAGCGCUGGUCGACGAGCUCUCGCGUACCGUCUCGGCCGCCGUCGCCACCAGCCCCCCCUCUGGGGUCCUACUGGACCCGGGCGCAGGCAUGCGGGAGAUGUGCGCUGAGCUGAGGUUCCUGUGCAAGCAGGUGCAAGCAUUUGGCAGGAAGAUCAAGGUGCUGUCUGGCGUCAGCGAGGACCUGAGAGGAUAUCCACUGGAUUUGAAAGUCAUGACAAGAGACACUCAGAACUUGGAGACUCUGAGAGAGCUUUGGGAGCUCCUGGCUGACUGUCAAGCCACGACCCAAGAGUGGGGACGUUCGGCCUUCACCGAGUUUGAGGUGGCUGUAGCCAAGGAAAAAGUCGGAUGGUGGAAGCAGCGGGCCUCAUCAGUGGGGCUGACUCUUCCUUCCCAUCAUGCAGUGCUUCAGGAGAUCCUGAGAACCGUGCAGCAGUUCAGCACACAUCUCCCAGUCUUGGAAAAACUGUGCAGCCCCAGACUCAAAGAGAAACACAUCAAGAACAUUUUUAAAGGGAUGGGUCUUCUGUACACCCCAGCAAAGCAGCUGACUGUGACUGAGUUGAUGUCUAUGCCACUUGGAGUACACCUGGAAAUAAUUAACAGGAUAUCCAGAGAGGGACACAUGCAGUGGUGUAUGGAGGAGGAAUUCCAGAAAAUUCAGUGUCGCUGGGAAGCCAAAAUGUUCCAAAUAUUACCAUCCUGCACCAUCCUUAAAUGGCAACAGGAUGUCAUACAGAACGGCCAGGGUACCAUACAUACAAAACAGCUACAUGCUGAGGCUGAGACUGGUUCAAGGUUAACGACUGCCACGCAACCAUCUAGUGAUGCUAUGCUCAUCAUCAUUGGACUGGAGGCUCUCCGGGCCGACGCAGAGGACAGUGUGAUGGCUCUGUCCUCCAUUCUGUGGUCCCCCUACUGCUCUGACUUCAGGCCUGAGGUGGAAAACUGGGCCCGGCUACUGCAGGAUCUGGGGGAGCGGCUUGAAAUGAUUGAGAGGUACCAGGAAACGUGGGCCUUCCUCACAAAGAUGCUGAAUGAAGCCUCUGUCGGCACACAGUUACUGCUGGAAAAGUUCAGACUGGUGGAUGAGACGUUCAAGGAGAUUAUCUUCUCCAUCUUAAGUGACUAUCAUGUGCUCAACAUCCUGCGUCCCAAAAAGGGUGUUUCUGCCCAAAUCUACGGUAAUGACCUCCGCAAGAAGCUCCUCGAUGGGCUGACCAUCAUGGAGGCUAUUUCCGCCGGGUUGAGGGACGUUCUCAACAGGCCUCGGGGAGAGUUCCCCAGGCUCUGCUUCCUGAGCGACAGGGAGGUGAUGAAGCUGUUCUCAUCACAGCCCGCUCCUGCUAUUUUACUCACCAUUGUAAGCAAAUGCUUUCAAGGCGUGCGGCGGCUUGAGCUGGACCAUGAAGUAGCUAACGAUAGUGCUGAUCUGAGCGUUUGUCAGUCCACUGAUGUCUCCUCAGUGCAGAUGAAGGUGCUGGGGGUAUUUGGCAGCCUUGUAGAACAUGUUAGAUUCCUCCAUCCUGUGGAGCCUCACAUGGAUCCAGUGGUUUGGCUUUGCGCACUGGAGCAAGAAUUGCAACACACCUUGAUGAAGUUGACUGAACAAUGUGCUGCUGCACGAUACCAGGGGGAAACAGCAAAACCAGAAUCAAAGCUUGACCAAGAUGAGGAAAGAGAUGUUUGUCUUAUGCUGGACUUGCUGUGCCACUACCCACUUCAGUGUCUGCUCGUGGCUGAAGAAUCUGCGUGGUGCAUUGAAGUUCUAAAUGCCUCUCAGAUCCCAGCUCCAGAUAGGUUGAGGUCAAUGCAACAACGCAAUUCUUCCAGACUCCAACACCUGUGUAGUGCCAUAAGGGAAGGAGCUGUGGGUAUCUCUGAUAGAUCUCCACUUUCUCACCGCGUAAUGUUGUUACUGCAGGAUUUGGUGCAGUUCAGCAUGAAUCAUGCCCAGAGGCUUACCAGAUUUAUGAAUGUUAAGUGUGAGCUGGAGGCAUCUUUUGAGUGGCAAAGCAUGAUGAAGUAUCAUAUUAACCCAGCCAACCACAGUCCAAACAACUCAAACGGUCACCCAAUCAGCAGUAAUGUUCCAAUCUGUUAUGUGGACGUGUUGGGCUCCACUCUAAUGUAUGGUUACGAGUACUUUGGCCCGGAGCACUGGACGAUGGUCCACACUCCUUCUACCGACAGAGCCGUCUUGGGAAUUCUCCUCGCUCUCACUAGCUACAGGUGCGGGUUGGUAAGCGGGCAUUCCACAUGUGGAAAGAGAACCACUGUGACGCAACUAGGACGGGCGCUGGGGCGUCAGGUGGUCACCUGGCAGUGUAGUUCAGGCACCAGGCCUUGUGGUAUCCAGCAGGCGCUCAGUGGGGCCCUCCAGAGUGGAGCGUACCUUGUGCUGCGCUCCGUGAACCUGCUGGGACCUGUGGUCCAGGCGUUACUGGGACAGCACCUAGCAGACAUUCACCAAUUCUUCUCCGGAUACCAGAAAAACCUAGCAGAGAUGCCGAACGUUGAGCCAAAUCGCCCCAUGUCGUUUGCUGGACAGAGCAUUUUUGCCAGGCUCAAUUAUGGAUGCGUUGUCAUUUCAUCCAAAGACUACGCAUGUGAUAUUACAGAAGAACUGCGGAAAGCCAUCCGGUCAGUGGCCUUGACUCCCCCAGAUUAUAGAACCAUCACAGAGGUGCUGCUGCUCUCCAGUGGUUUCUCAGAAGCCGUUAGUUUGAGUCGACGCCUGAUGACCCUAUUUGACCUUGCCAAAGAUUCAGGUUGUCUUCCAAAAUAUGUCCAGAGCAGCAGGCUUUUGGUCUUGCAAAAUCUCAUUGCAGUAUCCGCUAAACAGAGUUUCUGUAAAGAACACGUUUCAUUUGAGGGGACAUCAUUAGCUACAUAUUGCAAGCUUCAGAUUGUCCCUCACAAUGCAACAGGUGAAGUGUCUCAGCCAAAUCCACAAAAUAUUAGCUCUAAGGGCAUCAGUCAAGUCAGAACCAUUGUACGGGGGGUGAUAGAGGAGAAAGCUGCUGUCAAUGCAAUUUACACUGUUUUAUUACCAGCUCUCGAAGAGUGUGGGAAGGCCUCUGCGCUCCGUAGAAUUUGUGAAGAAACUUUUCCAACAGCACGCUCAUUUAUUUUCCCCCUGCAACAUAUUGAGGAGAAAGAGCAGAAUCGACUUAAAAGUGCAAUAACUGAAGAGAUAAGUAGGACUGGGCUAUUCCCCGAUCCACAAAUUAUUCAUAAUGUUCUCGCCCUCCACGAGGCCUUAAAAUCCUCCAAAGCGGCACUGCUCCUCGGGCCUGCGGGCUGUGGUAAGACAACCUGUUACCAGGUUCUUGCAGGGUCACUUCGCAGACUGGCUACCAGGGCAGGAGAUCCUCCUAAUGAAGCAGGCGGAACAGAUGGAAAUCCCUUUAAAACAGCUUACAGAAACUCUGCUUCGAUGUGGAACACUGUGGAAACCUUGGUCUUGUUUCCCAAUGCCAUGUCUCACCAAGAGAUAUUUGGUUGCCUCUGCGAAAAAAGAGGAUGGCUUGAUGGAACUUUCACCAAAGUGCUCAGAGGAGCAGAGCAACGCAUCAGUAUGUACCCCCAGCACAAGAGGGCCAAUGAUAACAGCCAGGUGGUGAAGUGGGUGGUGAUGGAUGGGGAGCCCCUAGGGCAGCCUGGCUGGUUGGACUACUUCAGCAGCAUUUCCAGCCCUGAGGACCGUGCACUGUGCCUGCCUUCGGGUGAAAGGCUUUCGCCAGGCCAUUCAGCGUUGAAGCUCCUGGCAGAGGUAAUGGAUCUAAGCGAUGCUUCCCCAUCUGCGGUGACACGGUGCAGUGUCAUGUAUUUCACAGGCACUGAUUUGUGGAAGUCAGUGUGGAAGGCUGAACUGGAUGCUCUUAUUCGAGACGGCUCACUGGAUCAAGGGACCAUAGCCAUGUGGAAUCGUCUGGCAGAAGACCUUUUCAGCAAGACGCUCCAAUCACUUGAGCAACGCAAUCUGACCUCUGCAAUGUAUAGUGAAGGAGAUACCAGCUCUUCCAACCCUGUGAAUGGACUCGGAGAAGUCAUGUCAUUCAUCAGGAUUCUACGGGCCCUGCUUGAGGUAUCGGGAGUUGGAACUCAUUUCAAAGAUUCAGCAAAGCCCCAGGGCAGUUAUGGCAUACUUCAAGGAGCUUACUCACAAGGCACAGAGGAUCUCAACAACCGCGGGCAUCUGGAUCUUCAAGCCAGAAACAUCUUUCUAGUGGCCUACAUCUGGGGAUUUGGUGCACAUCUGCAUCCUCGCCACUGGCCACGGUUUGACCAGCUGGCUCGCCAGGUGCUCUUCAACAGCAGGUAUAGCAUUGAGGUUCCAGGUGAAGAGAUCAUCUUUGAGCACUUUUUCAGCCCGACUGAGAGGACCGUCGGUGAGGUCGUCAACAGUAUCGACAGCCCACGAUGCCUCAUCGCUCAGUUGCCUUUUCCAACUAUUUCCGAGCACCAGAAACAUGCCUAUGUGCUCCACUGCAUGCUGGAGGCCCGCCAGCCGGUGCUGUUGGUGGGGGAGGCUGCAUGCGGGAGAACCUCUCUGUGCAGAGCUCUUUUGAGUGCCAACAGAGCCCACAUCAGCCUGCCGUCCAGUUCGCUCCUGAGCCACCGGGAUGUCCGACACGCACUGCAUAGCAUGGGCUCCCAGGGGACGUCCAAACGUACAGGGGGGCCGGUAAGGACCAAGCAGUCUGGAAUGGUUCUGUUUGUGGACGACCUGCAUUUUGCCCCAAAUGGAAAAACAUCCAUGGCUUUGGAGACGUUGCGACUGAGUAUGUCCACAGGAGGAGCCCUGGCGCCCGACGGCACUCACAUUAAGUUGUUCGCGUCGGGAUCCGUCAACUACCUGGCCACCUGCCUCUCCUCUUCCAAGGGGGGUCACGGACUCAGUGCCCGUCUCCGGCGCCUGUUCUCCAAUUUCGUCCUCCCCACGCUCUCGGUCGAGGUCCUGUUUUCAAUCCACGUUCCUAUGCUGAGGCUCUGGCUCAAAGAUGUGCCCCAUGUGCCCAGCUUUGUUGAUAUGGCACGCUGCAUCAUCUCCGCUACCAAAGAACUGUACCAUACCGUGUGUGAACACUUCCCCCUCACAGAGCAAAGGCCUCAUUUCAUGUUCUCUCAUCGAGACCUGCAAAAGAUCUUUCGGGGAAUGACUCUUUGCCGCCAAUCGCAGAGGCAGACACACAAGCUUGUUGUCUCCCAGACCGGGCAGACCUGGUGUCCUUGUGUCCCGUCGGAGUCCCUCGCCACCCUUCUCGAUAUAACCCAUCUCUGGCGGCACGAGUGUCUGCGUACCUUCGGUGACCGGCUGGGUUGUGAGGAGGAGAGCCAGCUGCUGCUGUCGCUGAUCUCCAGGGCAUCUGAGACCUUUUUCACCUGUGGAGACAUCGGAGAUAACCAUGCGCUUGAGUCAGAGGAAACAUCUACCCUUGGUGCUUUCCUCACUGGGAUACCACUCAGCCCUGGAACAACAGGAACCUUUCAGACAGCCAAUCAGAGUGUAGAUAUUCAAGGCACUGGAGAAGAAAAUAGUGAAGCCUUGCCUGCACCAUUGGAGGCUGUGGUUUCUUUGCAAACCCCACAAAGUCUGAACACUUCGAGUGGCUCUGACUCAGCAAACCAAGAGGUCAGCAUCAUUUCCAAUAACAAUACACAAGAUAGUUUGUUGAAGGACAACUUGUGUUAUGAAGGAACAAAACUAAAUCAAAAUGAAGAGGCAGAAGAAGCUGAAAAAUCCCUUUCAAAAGAUUUGAACAUAGCAAAAGGUAGACCCUUAAUGCCUUCUCCACCACAAGAGCCAAAACCACUAUGUCAAUCAGAACGUAACAGGGUUCAUAUCGCAACAGAACAAUCCGCUCAACCUGAAAGCAGUGUCUCUGACAAGUCAAGGGCAGUCCCACCUCUUCUUCCGGCACAAUACAUCCAGCAACUGGUGGACUCUAUGGAUCAGAUAACCUACGGCCCCGGCCCCUCCAUAACAGCUCGCUCCACGGCCCAAGGAGACAACCCCGGACUCCAACUCUCCUACCAGCAGCAACCGCUAGACGAACUGACUCGAAGGUUAUCUGCAACGCUCAGAGGGGCGACGCCGGGCCGCGCCGGGGCGAGCGGAGCGGGCAUCGCCUCCAGUCACUUCCUCCACCGACAGAGGGUGCUGCAGCUGCUGCACAUCCUCAGGGCCCUGCUGGUCCCCGGGGGCCACGGGGUCCUGCUGGCCGCGGCCAGGGCGACUGGGCGCGGGACCAACGUGCGGCUGGCCGCCCGCAUCGCCGGCUGUCCGAUGAUAGAGGUUCACAGCGGUAACGAGGAGACGCUGGAUCAGAUCCUGAAGCAGGCAGGGAGGCACGUAGGAGGAGGAGGAGGAGGAGGAGGAGGGGGAGGGGGAGGGGGAGGGGGAGGCAGGGAUGUGGUGAUGCUGGUCCACCAAGACGUCAGUCAGACCCUGAGAGACCGGGUGCUGGGGCUGAUGAGCCAAGGCACUGGGGAAGGGCUGCACUCUGGCCGGGAGUGGGCCAAGCUCGUCCCCAGAGUCCCUGCUACCAAGGAGCCACUUAGAAGACACAUACGCGGACAGAUUAUCCAGGAGUUUUUCAGGCACUUUCAGAGGAGCUUGCACGUUUUCCUGUUGAUGCCACUCUGCCCAGACAGACCUGACCUACCUGCAGAUAACGCUUCAGACACCAAUGCUGGGCUGGGCCGGGCCCUCAGCCUGGGCUGCUGUGUGGAGCUCUACCAGCCCUGGACCCGACAGGCCCUGGUGGAGACCGCUGCCCACCAUCUCACCAACACUCCUCUCCUCUCCCGUCUGGACGCAGAGACGGCUCUAGCAGCCAGUCUGUCGUCGGCCAUGGCAUCGAUCCACCUGGCCGCGUGUCACUACGCAGCCGUCUCCCUAGGAACCCAUCCCUUCAGCCCGGGAACCUACUUGGAGUUCAUCGCACACUUCUUCUACCUCGGGGACCUGCUCCGCAAUCAAGGACUCAGGCGAGCCGAAAGAGUGGGAAGAUCUCUGGCCCGCCUAGAGGACCUGAACAACAUCGCUCUGCAGCACAAACAGGAAGUGGAAAGACUGCAGGAGGAAGUUGGGAAACUACAGCAGCGAGAGCAGGGCCUCCUCAGGGAGAUGGAGGCGGAGGAGGUGCUAUGUGAGGAGAAGAGGAGGAGGUGUGGGGUGGAGGAGCAGAACCUGCACCAGCUGGAGGAGCAGGGACGCCUCCUCCAGGAGCAGAUAGACACCCACAUAGAGGAGGAGCGUCCCCUGCUGCUCUCCGGCCUGGGGGCCCUGCAGUGCCUCAGGGUGGGGGACCUGGAGGAGGUGCGGAGCUACAGGGACCCCCCGCAGGGCGUGGUCAGGGUGCUGGACGCCCUGUGUCUGCUGUUCAACCGGCCUUGCAGCUGGGACAGCGCCAGGCAGCUCCUGGGACGGCACGACUUCUAUGAGGAGUUGGAGUUCUUCGACCGCGGCAGUCUGAGUGACAGCCAGCUUCGGCAGCUGGGGGAGGUGGUCGCCGCCCCCUACUUCCUGCCCGUGGCGGCGAGGGAGGUGAGCCGGGCCUGUGAGUCUCUGUGCCGCUGGUCCCGGGCCGUGUACAGCGGCGCCCUCGCCCGGCGCCGGGCCGUCCCGCUGGAGGCCCGCCGGGGCCACCUGUUGGAGCUGGCCAAUCAGGCGCGCCUGGGCCUGGGCCAGGACAGGAAGCGAGAGGAGAAAGGCCGCCGGCGUAUCGUGGCGUUUGCUAGUCAGCUGACGGCCGUUCGCUCAGACCUGGGGGAGGAGAACGCCAGGCUGGCGGCGGCGGUGGAGCAGGAGAGGCGGUUGGCGGUCACCGUGGCGAUGACUGCGAGCCAUCUCGCUGAUUGGACGGCUGAGGCCCAGGAGGGGCAGUCCAACAGCCGGACCCUCCCCGGAGACGCUCUCCUCAUGGCGGCCAUAGUCUGCUACCUGGGCCCCUUCGGCCCCGCACUGCGGACGGAGCUGCUGGGAAAGUGGAGGCUCCUGUGUCAGACGGGGGGCCUAGACCCCGAGCCCCAGGACCCUCGAGCCCCGCUGUUCACCCACUCUGAGAACAGCGCUCCGGACCCCCCGCCGUGGACCGGCAUCCCCCUGGCCGAGAGGCUGGAGGGGGCCUUGUCUCGGGCGCUGGGGGCCCGUCCACACCGGGCGGAGUCGUCCUGUGACCAGCUGGUGGUGAGUCUGCUGCUGUGGGGCCACAGGGACCCCCGGCCCGCCCUCUUCUGGCCCCUGCUGGCUGACGCCCAGGGCUGGGAUCAAGAGGACGGCCCCCCAGACUGGCUUCUGUCAGGAGAGAAGUACGACCUGGUGGUCUGUGCUGACGACCCCCGGCUGAUCAACAAGCUGGACUUUGCUGAGGAGAGAGGUCUGAGUGUCCUGGUGUCUCACGUGGAGAGGGCCGUCCCCAGCCCCGAGCUCCUGGCCAGGUUGGUCCGGAACCAACGGUCCUCCGGGGCCGGUGGCGAUGGUGGUCCCGCGGGGCCCGGGAAGAAGGACCCGCCCCCCCAUCCGGACUUCAACCUGGUCCUCUGCACCGGCCUGCCUGUCAGACUACUCCACGAGGUCCAGCCGUCGGUGCUGCUUGCGGUCAGGGUGGUGGACGUCUCUCCCGGCCCGGCCCAGCUCCAGGAGCUGAUGCUGGGGAGGCUGCUGCCCCGGGAGGGUCUGGAGCCGCUGGUCCGGCAGCACUCUGCUGUCCAGAAGGAGCUCCGCACGCUGCAGGAAGGCGUCAGGGAGGAGCAGGUCGCCCUAAUGGACUGCAUCCUCGGGUCGCCCCCCCCGCUGUCAGAAGACCCCUGCUUCCCCCCACGCCUGCUAGCGUGUCGGGGGACGUCGGUGGAGCUCCGGGCCCGGGAGGGGCCGCUCCUCGCCGAGCUGCGGCGCCUGGACUCCCUGCUGGGGCCGGCCCGGCGCGCGGCAGCGCUGGCUGCCCUCCUCUACCGGGUCCUGCAGGCCGUCUCCCGCCUCUCCCCCGCCUACCGCUUCACGCUGCAGGCCUACGUCAGCGCCAUGCGCAGGGAGGCUCCGCGGGACCCGGGGGACCCGGGGAACCCGGACGGCUGGUGGAGCUGGGAGGGCGGCCCGGGCGGAGCGCCGGAACAGGGCCGCGUGCCGGCCGCCACUCGGGGCCUGGUGGGCCGUCUGCUGGCGCUGUACCGGCCCUGCCUGUCCCAGAGCCACGCCCGGGUCCUCGAGGUGCUGGCCGCCACGGCCACGCUGCUCCACCACGGGCUGGGCUCCGCCCCAGAGGAGGCGGCCUUCCUGCGCGGCGUGGGUCGGACCUCGGCGUCGCCCGCGGAGACACGGCGCCGCGCGCCGCCCCGCUGGGUCCCGGCGGAGCUCCACGGCGACCUGUCCCUCCUGGAGCGGGCGCCCGCGUUCCGGGGCCUGCUGGCCUCGCUGGCCGCCGCCCCUCGCCAGUGGCGAGAGUACCUGCGCCUCGGCCCCUCCCGCACCGCGGCGGCGCGCCCCUCCCACGGCCACCUCAGCCCCCUGCAGCGAGGGCUGCUCUGGAGGACGCUGCUCCCCGGGACCCUGGGGCCCGUGGCCCAGGGCCUAGCCGCCUCCGUCCUGGGGCCGGCCUUGGACACGGGGCCCACCCGCCGCCCCGACGCCUUCUCCCGCUUCCUGACGGGCCACCGGGGCCCCGUGGUGUUCACCCUGCCCAGCGCGGGGGGCGGGGUGAACCCCCUUCACCUGCUGAGGCUGCUGGCCGGCCAGCAGGAGCACACCAAAGAGGUUCAUGUGGAAGUCGUUUCAUUGGCUGCUCAGCGGGACGGGGACUUCCUUCUCUCAGCACUGGGUAGAGCUGUAACCGAAGGCCAUUGGCUGGUUUUUAACCACUGUCACCUGCUCCACCAAUGGGAUGACAAAGUGCUUUUUUAUAUCAAUCAGCUGUUUUCCCCCCACAAAGCCCCCCAUGUGGAAGGAGAGCAGUGUGAGGGUCCCAGCACUGAGGGGCAGCCCCCCAGGGGGCCGUCCCACCCUCUCUUCAGGCUGUGGUUCAUCACCCGUGGGGCAGCCCGGGGCUCCGUGCCCGCCUCCGUGCGGGCGCGCGGGCUGCCGGUGGUCUGUGACCCCCCCUGGGACCUGAGGGAGGAGCUGAGCCUGGCCCUGCGGACAGUGCUGUGCCCCCCGACGGGCCCCCCCCCCGGCGGCCUGGAGCCCCCCCUCCUGCUCCGCUGCGCCCUCCUCCACGCCGUCCUGCAGCAGAGACGCGCCCUCCGGCCCUCUGGGCGGGGGGGCGCCGGGGCGGGGGGCUGGGGUCUUGAAGACCUCCUGACCCUGGUGGAAGCCUUCUCACGGGUCUCCGGACGCUGCCACGACAAGAUGGGCACUCUAGAGAACCUGGUGGGCGUGGUCUAUGGCGGCCAUGUUCCUGACCCCGAGGACCUAGAGGAGGUGGGCUGCGUGGCCAGGGGUCUCCUCAGUCCGGUGGCGCCGCCCUGCUGGGGGGGACCUGGUGGUCUCCUCAGCAUCAUAGACCCCCUCCCUGACCACCAUGACACCGCAGGACUCCUUCUCUCAGUGGAGCGGCGUGUCUGGAGCGUGACGGACCCCAGUGACCCCCCGCCGCUGGGCCUCAGCCCUGAGCAGGCGGAGGCCUUCCUCCGGACCCGCUCCCACACCCUUCACACGCUCCUGCGCCUCAGCCACGCGCUGCCCGGCGGAGGAGAGGGAGUACCGGGACCACGCUCCGGGACCCCAGAGGACCGCCCCGGUCGGUCCUUCGCGGAGAGACUUGCGGCUUUGGACGACCGCCUUCGCGCUCCUCGCCGCACAGGCGAGGACGCAAUCGUUGAUCCGGCCGGGGGUCCGAUCCAGGACUUCCUGUGGGCGGAGUGGGCCGCACUCGGGGGUCUGCAGGCGUCCCUGCUGGCGCGAUGCGUCCGGCGCCAGCAGGGACGCCGCGAUCCCCUCCUCGACGGCGAUCUGUCCCGUUUGGAGAGAAAGGCGGAGCACAUUGCCACGUACCUGAGGGGCGGGGCCGAGGCGAUUGACCCGCCCGCCGCAUACCGGCCGUCUGCGUUCGCCAACCCCCGGGGCUUCCUGGCGGCGGUGUUGAGAGAGGGGGCCCAGCGAAGGAACACCGAGCCCAGCCACCUCACGCUGGACUUCCAGGUACUGAGGGACCCCAACUCAUCUCCGGCUCCUGCGCCCGGCAGCGUGCACCUGUGCGGCCUCCAGCUGAGAGGUGCAUUGUGGGACACCAGGCUGGGAGCCGUGCGGGACUCUGCGUCCACUCAUUCGUGCUCCUUGCCCAUGCUGCGCGUCACACCGCGCCAUGUCGGUCGUCAUAGCGACCGUUCCCGGGGAAGCGCUACCCCGCCCGACCCGUCGGACGCGCUGGGAUCCGACGCAGGGCCCUCGUCCUGCCUCUACCGCUGCCCGCUCUACGUGGAGGGAGGGCACGGGCCCCUGACUUGGGUGCCCCUGGCGACGGAGCUGGACCCCGGGUGGUGUCGACUCAGGCGGGUCCGGCUGGUCAGCACACUCUGACGGGCACUCACGGCUAGACCCACGGCCGAUCUGGAUUAAUCCGUGUGGAACGAUGUCCGUCAUAUGUCGUGUAAUGUUUGUUGUGUACUGGCAAGUCGAGCGGGUCGACUGGCAACCCCAAGGUUGCUAGUUCGAUCCCCAGCUCCUCCUGGCUGAGCGUCGAGGUGUCCCUGAGCAAGACAACUCACCCUAACUGCUCCUGAUGAGCUGGCUGUCGCCUUGCAUGGUUGACACCGCCAUUGUUGCGUGAAUGUGAGCCUGAAUGGGUGAAUGUGAGCUAAUAUUGUAAAGUGCUUUAAGUGGCCACUGGUUAGAGAGUGCUAACGGAAUGCAGUAAGUUUGGUUCAUGUGCUUGAAGGUCAAAGGGGUGUGUGUCGAUGAGUGUGUGAAGAAUGAUGAAUGUAUCUGCAUUCUAUUCUAUGGACUCCCUUUUGAUGUUUUCAAUAAAGAUGAUGAAGUUUGCUGUAUUAAAGAAUACUUUCAAGUG